CGCUGCUACCCAUCGAAUCAUAAGAAUGCGUUUUUUUGGAGAGGAGACUGCUUGCACAGGCCACGCCAAACAUGUGAAGUCGAGGAGCUACGGAGAAACCAUCGGUGCAGGCAUGGGGCCAUGGGCUCCCUGACCAGUGGACGCUUCCAGCUUCCGCGGAACGCUAGUCCAGGCCCGGUAUUGAGCGAGAGCUCGUGUCCAGCCAGCGCUAUGAAGCAUCGCUGCUUUAACUACCAUAUGCUUAGUCACGAUAUUACGGCAUAUUCAUCUCGACAGCACUUUGCCUUCCUUCCGAAGCUUGGGACGUCGUCAUGA